AUGGUUUAUUGCAACUACUGCGCCUGCGAGGUGGAUGUGGAGGUGGACGACGCCAAUGGCUUCUCGUGCUGUGUGCAGUGCGGCCGCGUGCUGGAGGACACCGCCUUUUCGGCGGACAUCACGUUCCAGAAGGAUGCGGGCGGGGAGAGCACAGUAGUGGGCCAGUUUGUGAACGAGAGCGGCGUGGCGCGCGGCAUCGGGCGCAUCCACGGCGGACGUGUCUACGCCUAUCAGGCCGACUCGCACGAGAAGGCGCAGCAGCGUGGCCGCCACGAAAUCGCACACUUGGUGGACCAGCUCAGCGUGCGGCCACGGGAGGAGAGCAUCGAGGCGGCCCACCGGCUGUACAAGCUGGCACUGCAGCGGGGCUUCACGCGCGGCCGACGCACCAACCAGGUGGCCGCUGCCUGCGUCUACCUGGUCUGCCGCCAGGACUCCAAGCCAUUCCUGCUCAUCGACUUCAGCGACGCGCUCCAGAUCAAUGUCUUCACCCUCGGGGCCGUCUUCCUGCAGCUUGCCAAGCUGCUGCGCCUCACCGAGCACCCCAUGUUUGCAAAGCCCGUGGAUCCCUCGCUCUACAUCCACCGCUUUGCCGACCGUCUGGACUUUGGGCGCCAGAUGCAUGCGGUGGCCAACACGGCGCUGCGCCUGGUGGCCUCCAUGAAGCGCGACUGGAUCCAGACGGGGCGCCGCCCCUCGGGCAUCUGCGGAGCAGCCAUCUACAUCGCGGCACACAUCCACGGCUUUGAGCGCAGCGUGCGCGACGUGGUGGCUGUGGUGCACAUUGGCGAGCACACGCUGUCCAAGCGCCUCUACGAGUUCUCCUCCACCUCUGCCUCCGCCUACACCGCCGAUGAGUUUGAGGAGCGCGUCAAGCAGAUUGAGGCAGACGAGACGGAGCGGCUGGAAGCCGCGCAGCCCGUGGAGCCUGUGGGCCUGCUCGAGAGCACAGGCUGCGAGCACCUGCGUGAGUGGCGGCCGGCGGCGGGAGUAUGCGACUCCAGCGGCGGCGUGUACAAUGGUGCAAAUCCGCCCGCCUUUGACCGCAAUCGACGCAAGGAGAUGGCCGAGCUGCUGGCGUUGCCGGAGCCAGAGGAGGAGGAGGUGGACGAAUAUGACCAGGAAGAGCAGGGCAUAGCAGAGGCCAUGGUCACGGCUUUCCACGACUCAGAGCUGCAGCAGUUUGCCCAGUUCUUGCCCAGCAGCGCAGAGGAGGCAGCUGUUGCGGAGGAGAGCGAGGCAGCUGGAGCACGGCGGCAUCUCCGCUCCAACGGGCUCGGCUCCAUGGAUGCAACAGCUGGCAGCAGACGCAAGCGCAAGGGGGCUGCGAGCAGCGCUGGCAUCGUAGAGGCUGCCGGCCUUGGCCAAGAAGAGCAGCAACCGCAGGCACAGGCACAAGCAGCAGCAGUGCCUAGUGCAGCCACCAGCAGCCAAGGCGCAGCAAUGCAGGGGCAGCCGCAUUCGCAGGCAGAGCCGCUGCCGCUGCAGCAGCAGACUGACAAGCGGCAGCGUGGCGGCGCCUUGGUGCCCUGCCAGCCGUCUGCCCAGGCAGGCGCAGCGGCAGCAGCAGCAGCAACGGCAGGAGCAGCCGGCGGCAGCAGCCGCCAUUCCCAGCAUUCAGACCAGACUGCGGCUGCAGGGGGUGAGGAGGUUGAAGGGGAGGCCGGCAUUGCGACGGUGGGCGCGGGCGCCAUUGUGCCAGUGCUGCAGCCAGAGCCGCCAGAAGAGGAGGGCGGCGACGACCUGCUGUCGGACAUUGGUGAUUCCGACAUUGAUAUGUAUCUGGCGGAUGAUGCAGAGGUGAAAUGCAAGGAGGAGAUAUGGAACAUGAUGAACAGGGACUGGCUGGAGAAGCAGGCGGCCAAGCGAGCAGCGCAAGAGGCGGCGGAGCGCGCGGUGGCGGAACAGCAGGCAGCGCAGGAGGCAGCCGAGGCGGCAGGGGUGGCGUACAAGCGUGGCCGUGGCCGCCCGGUGGGCAGCAAAACCAAGAACCACCACCGGGGGGCGGGCAUGGCGGAUUUGCCGCCUGCUGAGACUGCACAAGAGGCCGCCAUGCGCAUGCUGGACCAUCGCAAGCUGAGUAACAAGAUCAACUACUCGGCGCUGGCAGACCUGUUUGCGGAGGAUGGCGGUGCAGGCGGCGAUGGUGACGUGGGCGAGCCGCCUGCGCUGGCCCCCGAGGCUCUGGAGGGGGAUGAGGACGACAAGGGGCGGGGACGGGCUGUGACGGCGGCCAUGCGCGCGCGGAAACAGCAGCAGCAGGAGGAGGAGGCGCGCCGUGAGGCGCAGCAGCAAGCUGCGCUGGAGGCAGAGACGCGCAGCAUGGGGCGUCGCAGCACCAAGGGCGACAAGACUGGCGCUGCCCGCUUGGCCUCCCUGGGCCUGCCGGCCGCCAGCAGUAGCAAGCUGGGCGGUGCCAGUGGCAGCAGCAGCGGGCCACUGUCGCCGCGGUCGGGGGUGGGGGCAUUGGCGCGGCGCUCCGGUUUGGGCUCACUGCGGGACAGCAACUUCAGGAGUCAGAUGACCUCCAAGGGGGCAGACGGGGGCAGCGGCAGCGGCAAGAAGUCGGUGCGAUUCGCAGAUUGAGCUUGCAGGGAGCUUUUUUGUCAGCCCUGGCCUUCAUCGGCGACACGCACUGCCUAUUCCUGCGUUCCUUACAAACGACCCUUGAACAAGUUUAUGAAC